AAGAGCCAGGUAAGUGUCUGUAAUUAAAGAUGGUUCGCAAACGCAACGUUUCAGCCUGCAGACCGCGCGUCUCAGCCUGCAGACCGCGCGUCUCGAGCAUUUGUAUCCAUUUCCACUGGUGGGCGGGUCUUAUGCUCCACCAGCCAAUGAAAAAAAGUAUCUGUUUAAAUGGUCUCUGCUGUCAAUCAGGUCAGUGGUGGGCGGGACCUGUGCUCCUCCAGCCAAUAAAAAAACGUCUCUGUUUAAAUGGUCUCUGCUGUCAAUCAGGUCAGUGGUGGGCGGGUCCUAUGCUCCUCCAGCCAAUAAAAAAACGUCUCUAUUUAAAUGGCCUCUGCUGUCAAUCAGGUCAGUGGUGGGCGGGACCUGUGCUCCUCCAGCCAAUAAAAAAACGUCUCUGUUUAAAUGGCCUCUGCUGUCAAUCAGGUCAGUGGUGGGCGUGUCCUAUGCUCCUCCAGCCAAUUAAAAAAAGUCUCUGUUUAAAUGGUCUCUGCUGUCAAUCAGGUCAGUGGUGGGCGGGACCUGUGCUCCUCCAGCCAAUAAAAAAACGUCUCUGUUUAAAUGGCCUCUGCUGUCAAUCAGGUCAGUGGUGGGCGGGUCCUGUGCUCCUCCAGCCAAUGAAAAAAAGUCUGUUUAAAUGGUCUCUGCUGUCAAUCAGGUCAGUGGUGGGCGGGACCUGUGCUCCUCCAGCCAAUAAAAAAACGUCUCUGUUUAAAUGGCCUCUGCUGUCAAUCAGGUCAGUGGUGGGCGGGACCUGUGCUCCUCCAGCCAAUAAAAAAACGUCUCUGUUUAAAUGGCCUCUGCUGUCAAUCAGGUCAGUGGUGGGCGGGUCCUGUGCUCCUCCAGCCAAUGAAAAAAAGUAUCUGUUUAAAUGGUCUCUGCUGUCAAUCAGGUCAGUGGUGGGCGGGACCUGUGCGCCACCAGCCAAUAAAAAAAAGUCUCUGUUUAAAUGGCCUCUGCUGUCAAUCAGGUCAGUGUUGGGCGGUCCUGUGCUUCUUCAGCCAAUGAAAAAAGGUCUGUUUAAAUUGCCUCUGCUGUCAAUCAGGUCAGUGGUGGGCGGGUCCUGUGCUUCACCAGCCAAUGAAAACCAUUCUGUGCUUAAAUAUCCUUGGCUGUCAAUCUUUUUUUCCUCCCAGUUUACUUGCAAUCGCCAUAUUGGGUACUCGCCUUCUCUAAUGUCUUGUCUGUUUUUCUUCAGAAUUACUACGAGACGGAAUCGGAGCCGCGCGCUGUUUUGA